AUGUCUUCCAUAUUGUUCAGCGGCAUCAACUCCGGGUACCAGGUGGGAAACAAUAACGGAACGAUCCAUCUGCCACCAGAGCGACCGGAUACCCCACCGCCCCCUCUCUCGACUGUUCCAUUCCGUCGGGACCCAGAUUUUGUUGAUCGUGGAAAAUUGCUCGAUUUGCCACAAAAGAAAGACUCUACUGAGGGCGUACGGGUCGCCUUUGUCGGCCUGGGCGGUGUAGGAAAGUCGCAACUUGCCAUCGAAUAUUGUUAUCGAGUUCGAGAUCAAUCGCCUACAACGUGGGUUCUCUGGAUCCAUGCGAGCAAUGCAACUCGCUUCGAGCAGAGUUGUCGGGAGAUUGCCGACCGAGCCAAGAUACCAGGUCGGCAGAAUCCCAAAGCAAAUAUUUUUAAGCUCCUUCACGAUUGGCUAAAUGACGCGAAGACUGGAAACUGGUUACUCGUCCUAGAUAAUCUCGACGAUGAUGACUUUCUCCAUGCGAUACCUUCAACGCCGUCUAGCUUGGCCAAUGAUCACAGCGAUGUGUCUGAACGAUCGAUCUGGUCUUAUCUUUGUCAGGGAUCGAUGGGCUGUGUUGUGAUAACAAGUCGAAGUAGAAAGGUGGCUUUGAGAACCGUCGAAGACUAUGAAAUCAUUCCGGUUGAACCUAUGGACGAACCCCACGCUAUCUCGCUCUUUGAAAAGAAGGUCGGAGCACAAUCUGACCACUCCGUGAGUGUUCAACUAGUUACAGCUCUAGAGUUUAUGCCGCUUGCGAUUGUGCAGGCGGCGGCCUUCAUUAAGCAAAAAGCUCCACGAGAGUCAGUCACACAAUAUUUGGAAAGAUUUCAGAAGAGUGAUCGCCAGAAGAUCGAUCUUCUUGAAUAUGAAGCGGGCCAGCUUCGCAGAGACUCAGAGGCUAAAAGUGCUAUUCUUGUUACCUGGCAGAUCUCAUUUGAAGACAUUCGUGAAAGAAGCCCAUCGGCGGCAGGCCUCUUAUCUCUUAUGAGCUUCUUUGAUAGGCAAGGGAUCCCUGACGGUCUCCUACGAGAAGGCAAAGCUACAAAAGAGACAGACGAAGAAAACAAUCCAAGUGACACAGAGGAUAGUCAAAGCGUAUCCAGUGACGUCGACAAGUUUGAGAACGAUAUAUUAUUGCUAAGGGACUAUUCAUUGAUAUCUGUUACCUCAGAUCAAUCGACAUUUGAGAUGCAUCGAUUAGUCCAACUAGGGAUGCAGAAAUGGCUUAAAGCUCAAGACAACUUAGAGCACUGGAAAGAACUCUAUAUCCGAAGGCUCUUCCAAAAUUUCCCUAAAGGAACGUUUGAGAACUGGAAGGAAUGUCAAAUAGUAUUUCCUCAUGUGCAGUGCGCAAUUAUGCAGCAACCAAUCCGGGAAGCCUCAAUGGAAGAGUGGGCAUCACUACUUCACGAAGCGGCAUCAUUCGCAUUGACAAAAGGAAAUUUCGUCGAUGGUCAGAAAUUGGCAAAGAGGGCAAUGGAAGCGAAGACAGAGUUAUUUGGUGUGGAGAAUGAGAAGACGUUGAGUAGUUCCAAUAUGCUUGGGUUAGCGUAUAGUUUGAGUGGGGAAUGGAAGGAAGCCGAAGAGCUCCAGGUGCAGGUGAUGCAGACAAGUAAGCGGGUGCUUGGGCUAGAGCAUCCUGAUACUCUGACCAGCAUAGCCAAUCUAGCAUCAACCUACUGGAAUCAGGGGCGGUGGAAAGAAGCCGAAGAGCUCCAGGUGCAGGUGAUGCAGACUCACAAGCGGGUGCUUGGGCUAGAGCAUCCUGAUACUCUGACUAGCAUGGCUAACCUGGCAUCAACCUACUGGAAACAGGGGCGAUGGAAGGAAGCCGAAGAGCUCCAGGUGCAGGUGAUGCAGACUCGUAAGCGGGUGCUUGGGCUUGAGCAUCCUCAUACUCUGACCAACAUAGCUAAUCUAGCAUCAACCUACUGGAAUCAGGGGCGGUGGAAAGAAGCCGAAGAGCUCCAGGUGCAGGUGAUGCAGACUCGCAAGCGGGUACUUGGGCCAGAGCAUCCUGAUACUCUGACUAGCAUGGCUAACCUGGCAUCAACCUACUGGAAUCAGGGGCGAUGGAAGGAAGCCGAAGAGCUUGAGGUGCAGGUAAUGCAGACUCGCAAGCGGGUGCUUAGGCCAGAGCAUCCUGAUACUCUGACUAGCAUGGCUAACCUGGCAUCAACCUACUGGAAUCAGGGGCGAUGGAAGGAAGCCGAAGAGCUCGAGGUGCAGGUAAUGCAGACUCGCAAGCGGGUGCUUAGGCCAGAGCAUCCUGAUACUCUGACUAGCAUGGCUAACCUAGCAUCAACCUACCGGAAUCAGGGGCGAUGGAAGGAAGCCGAAGAGCUUGAGGUGCAGGUGAUGCAGACAAGUAAGCGGGUGCUUGGGCUAGAGCAUCCUCAUACUCUGACUAGCAUGGCUAACCUGGCAUCAACCUACUGGAAUCAGGGGCGAUGGAAGGAAGCCGAAGAGCUUGAGGUGCAGGUGAUGCAGACAAGUAAGCGGGUGCUUGGGCUAGAGCAUCCUCAUACUCUGACUAGCAUGGCUAACCUAGCAUCAACCUACUGCAAUCAGGGGCGAUGGAAGGAAGCCGAAGAGCUCCAGGUGCAGGUGAUGCAGACUCACAAGCGGGUGCUUAGGCCAGAGCAUCCUUAUACUCUGACUAACAUAGCUAACCUGGCAUCAACCUACCGGAAUCAGGGGCGAUGGAAGGAAGCCGAAGAGCUUGAGGUGCAGGUGAUGCAGACAAGUAAGCGGGUGCUUGGGCUAGAGCAUCCUCAUACUCUGACUAGCAUAGCUAACCUGGCAUCAACCUACUGCAAUCAGGGGCGAUGGAAGGAAGCCGAAGAGCUUGAGGUGCAGGUGAUGCAGACAAGUAAGCGGGUGCUUAGGCUAGAGCAUCCUGAUACUCUGACUAGCAUGGCUAACCUGGCAUCAACCUACUGGAAUCAGGGGCGAUGGAAGGAAGCCGAAGAGCUUGAGGUGCAGGUAAUGCAGACUCGCAAGCGGGUGCUUGGGCUAGAGCAUCCUCAUACUCUGACUAGCAUGGCUAACCUGGCAUCAACCUACUGCAAUCAGGGGCGAUGGAAGGAAGCCGAAGAGCUUGAGGUGCAGGUGAUGCAGACUCGCAAGCGGGUGCUUGGGCUAGAGCAUCCUCAUACUCUGACUAGCAUGGCUAACCUGGCAUCAACCUACUGCAAUCAGGGGCGAUGGAAGGAAGCCGAAGAGCUUGAGGUGCAGGUGAUGCAGACAAGUAAGCGGGUGCUUAGGCUAGAGCAUCCUGAUACUCUGACUAGCAUGGCUAACCUGGCAUCAACCUACUGGAAACAGGGGCGAUGGAAGGAAGCCGAAGAGCUCCAGGUGCAGGUGAUGCAGACUCGUAAGCGGGUGCUUGGGCUAGAGCAUCCUGAUACUCUGACUAGCAUGGCUAACCUGGCAUUCACCUUGAGAUCUUUAGGCAGAAAUGAAGCUGCCUUGGAAAUGAUUGCCAAUUGUGCUGAAUUUCGCCGCCAAUAA